UUCCACAGGUUGGAUUAACACUGCUAAAAUUUCAAAGUGCUACAAUUGGGUCCAGAUGUUCAACCCUGCAAACGGUGUAACAGCUCAAGGUUACGUUCUCGACAGUUGUGAUAGCGGUGAUCCAAAAUCCACUUUUGGCUGUAAUGAUAUUUAUGUCAGCUUGGGUCUUUUCAAGAAACUUGCAGGAUCUCAAGAAAAAGAAGCAAUUGA